GGGAAGGGGGGUCCUCACCUCUACCCACUGCACCCCCUGGAAACCCCCGGCUGCAGGACCCUGCAGGGUGUUUCAAAAGCAGCCCGUGGAGCUGGGGGAAUACAGAUCCUGCCUUCUCCCCUGAAUCCGUCAAAUCUCCAUGACGCCAGUGCCUGGGGGAUGUCCCGGGGCUCCUUGACAGGUCGAGGGUGCCAAGGAGUGUAGGAACUUGCAAGGUCUGCUCAGCUCUGUCUGUGCUGGGCUCCCUGUGAACAUUGUUCUGGGGAUGCAGCUCAUUGUUCUGGGGUGGGGUGGGAGAGCUGGGAAUGGUGAUGAUGCCCGGCAAAAGGGAAUGUUCAGGAAGGGGGAUUUUUUGCAGUUUCCUUUCACUGGUGGAGCAAUAGGAUGCACGGGGGUACUGUGGAGUGUAGGGACAGAAGACAAAGUGGCUGUGCUGCAAUGCUCAUGGUGGGCAGUCACAAGGCUGGGGUGAGGAGAACACGUGCAGGGCUGCCACUGGGCUGCAGGGCUGCAGGGUGGGACUUGUGGAACAGUCUGGCUGCCAGUGGCAUCAAGGAAGAAAUUACCAGUUAGUGUUCCCCCUGCUGCCUAUGCAGCUUUGGUUCCUUCAAAUUACAUGUUAUGUUCCCAAGCAAGUCUGUCACUGGCUCAGUCUUUUGGCACUACGAGCAUUUCUAGUGCAGGGGUGAGGUCCUGGUUGUUCCUUAAGGAGGACCUCCAGAGGCUGAUGUCCCCUCAUCCCAGGUGUGCAACAGACCACAACUCGGACAACACAACAGCAAUGCUGCAGGAGUGGCUGGGGGCGGUGGGGAAGGAUUAUCACUCGGUGGCCUGGAAGGUGCAAGAGGAGCCCAGCUCCUACCCUGAUGAGCUUGGUCCCAAGCACUGGAGUGACAAACGCUAUGAAAAUGUGAUGAAGUUGAAGCAGGAAGCUCUCACCUACGCCCGGGAGCAGCAGGCAGACUACAUCCUGUUCAUGGACACUGACAGCAUCCUGACCAACAACCAGACCCUCAAGUUUCUCAUGGCACAGAACAAGUCAGUGGUGGCCCCCAUGCUGGACUCGCAGACCUUCUACUCCAACUUCUGGUGUGGCAUCACACCCCAGGGCUACUAUCGCCGGACAGCCGACUACUUCCCCACCAAGAACCGGCAGCGGGUGGGCUGCUUCCGUGUCCCCAUGGUCUAUGCCACCUUCCUGAUCGACCUGCGCAAGGAGGAGACCUUGCAAUUGGCUUUCUACCCACCCCAUCCCAACUACACCUGGGCCUUCGAUGACAUCAUUGUCUUUGCUUACUCCUGCCAGGAGGCUGGUGUGGAGGUCCAUGUGUGCAACCAGCACCACUUUGGUUACAUCAAUGUUCCUGUGAAGGCCCACCAGACACUGGAGGAUGAUCGUGCCAACUUUGUGCAUCUCACGCUGGAGGCCAUGGUGGAUGGUCCCCCCAUGCAGCGCUCCAGGCACAUUUCUCUCCUGCCCAGGCCACUCACAAAAAUGGGCUUUGAUGAAAUCUUCCUAAUCAACCUGGUGCGGAGGCCAGACCGGCGGCAGCGAAUGCUGGCAACCCUGCAGGAGCUGGAGAUCAUUCCACGGGUGGUGGAUGCUGUGGAUGGCAGCACCCUCAACAGCACUGACAUCAAGGUGCUGGGUGUGGACUUGCUGCCCGGGUACUACGAUCCCUUCUCCGGCCGCACGCUCACCAAGGGCGAGGUUGGCUGCUUCCUCAGCCACUACAAUAUCUGGAAAGAGAUUGUGUCCCGGAGGUUGGAGCGGUCCGUGGUCUUUGAGGAUGAUGUGCGCUUCGAGGCUGCCUUCCCAGCACGGCUGCAGCGGCUGAUGGAGGAGCUGGAGCAGGCACAGCAGGACUGGGACCUCAUCUACCUGGGGAGGAAGCAGGUGAACGAUGAGGACGAGGCCCCUGUGGAAGGCGUGCGGAAUCUGGUGGUGGCCGGGUACUCGUACUGGACCCUGGCUUACGCCAUCUCCCACCGUGGGGCACGGAAGCUGCUGGCCACCAAACCUCUCUCCAAAAUGCUGCCCGUGGACGAGUAUCUGCCCAUCAUGUAUGACAAGCACCCCAAUGAGGAUUACAAGCGGCACUUCUCCCCACGGGAUUUGCUGGUGUUUUCGGCUCACCCCCUCCUGGUUUAUCCCACUCACUAUGCUGGGGACAGCAACUGGCUGAGUGACACCGAGACUUCCACCAUCUGGGAUGACGAUGCCAAGAAGACUGACUGGGUUGGCUCACAGAAGACACUGAGGGACUCACGGGGCAGUGCUGGCCACCUCCGCUCCACGGCCCGUGACGAGCUCUGAUGGGAUGAGGGACUGUGAUCCAGCUGGGAGCACCGUGGGCAAGGACCUUAUACUGCCUGCUCCCACUCAAGAGAUGCAGCUGCCCUGGACAGAGCCCCACAGGGUUCUUUGAAUCUGCAUGUGAUGAAUCCACCCAAAGCAGGAUUUGGCUCAGGAAAGCCUUUCCCUACCAAGUGGAGAGACCAGAGGAGUGUUGUGCUCCGUCUCUGCUGAGGACACAUCUCCGGGACAGUCCCAAUCAAUGCCAACUCUGCUGUCUCCCACCAGCCUGGACUUUGGGGAGUGGACUUUGGGCUGGCACAUGUGGUGGCCUCCUGCCACUGACUGGGCUUGUCCCUCCUGCCGUGCCUGGGUGGAAGCCCAGGGAGGAUUAAAGCAGACUGUUUGAGCUGA